AGAGGCGGCCCGGCCGCCAUGGCCAGCGGCUGUCACCGGCCGCCUUCUCCGCGCACGCUCCGGAGGAACCACGGAGCUGGCAAGCUUUUGCGGGGGUGAAUGAACGCACUUUCCUUGCCAUCAAGCCAGAUGGGGUCCAGCGGCAUCUGGUUGGCGAGGUCAUCCGGCGUUUUGAGAAGAAGGGCUUCAAACUGGUGGCGAUGAAACUCAUGCAGGCCUCGGAAGAGUUGCUGAAAGAACAUUACAUCUCCCUCCGCGAGCGUCCUUUCUUCAGCCGCUUGGUGAAAUUCAUGAGUUCGGGACCCAUCGUGGCCAUGGUCUGGCAAGGGCAGGAGGUAGUGAAGACUGCCCGCAUGAUGAUUGGCGAAACCAACCCAGCCGAUUCCAAACCUGGAACUAUCCGAGGAGAUUUCUGCAUUGAAGUUGACAAGAACGUGGUUCACGGCAGUGAUUCAGUAGAAAGUGCUGAGAGAGAAAUUGCACUCUGGUUCCGUUCCGAUGAGCUGAUCUGUUGGAAAGACAGCACGGAGCACUGGAUUUACGAAUAAUAAUAAUAAUAAAAAAUCUCAGUUAUUGCUCUUGUGGUCUGGACUUCCCCAACCUGGAAUCUUCUGAACGUAUUGGACAUUGACUGGCAUCAAAUACAGUGCUGGUUGAGAAAGUCUGUUAUAGCUAUUGAGUCUAAUAUUAGAAUAAUAUCUGUGGGCUACAAAAGCACAACUACACAGAAGUCUUCCAAUCAAAUAUUCUUCUUCAAAUGUUCUUCUUGGCUCCAUUAAGUGUUCCGCCAGUGUCUCUUGUUGGCUGUUACAAAGAUUGCUUUGCUUGGACUGUGUGGGCAGAGAAGGGCAAUGUUGCUUUAAUCUCCCCCCAGAACUUCAAGAUAAGCUUGAGGUUUACUGCCAAGCAAUGAAAAUUAGCAUCCUGCCAAUUAGCUAAUCCUGCCAAUUAGCAGGAUGCAGGGGGAAUAAAACCUCAUGAUCAAUGUUUCUGGUUUGUCUGUUUUUUGAAAUUUCAUAUGCUAAGGCAAGUCUCAUUCCCUUUGGGGCCACGAAAGAGUGAUGGUUGAAAAGGCCGAAUUUCUGGCACUGCACUUUGAUUUUUUCCACCUGUCUAAAAUUAGUUUUUAAUAGUUCAGAGCAAGCAGGUGCUUUUAAUGCUAGGCUCAGCCCCUGGGAAUGCAUAUAUAUAUGGAACAGGGAACAAAUUAAUCCCUGCUUAAGGGAGACCUGAGAGAGAUACAGGCUUCCAUGCUAUUAUCAACUCGUGCUGGAACUGGACACAUCACUGUAAUUUGCAAAUACUUUCCAAGGACAUUUGUUUGUACGUCUGUACAAGCCCAUUGUUUUUAAACAUUGGCUUGCAUUUUGUUUUGUAAAAUAAAUG